AACCUUUCCCAUUACACCAAAACAGGAGAAACCAGCGCUGGCAAGAGCAGUCUUAUUAACCUCCUACUUGGCGAAUGCAUUAUGCCAACCAGUAUUCAGCAGAACACACUGACCAUAUGUGAAAUAUCGUAUGAAGAGGCCAAAAAAGCUGUGCUGCACUUCGCUAACGGACGCAAGUCACCUCGUGUCCUCACUGGGGACAAAUUUUACAAGUAUAAAGAUUACGUUAAAAAACCGAUAGAGGACGAAAACUGGUGUGAGUGUAUAGAGAUCAGGAUUCCAAAUCCGUUAUUGAAGGGCGGUGUAGUGAUCGUAGACAGCCCAGGAAUUGGUGAUUCAAAGCGUGUCAGUGAAAUCACCUUGAAAUACUUGAGUCAAGCUUACGCCUUUAUCUACGUAAUAAACACUAUAAACGCCGGAGGAUUACAACAAGACAGGCUGAUGCCUAUCUUGAGUGAAUGGAAAAAACUCUACAAGGGAAAAGAUGGCCGUGGUAUCACUUCGGAAUCUGCUAUUUUUGUCUGUAACAAGUGGGACGAGGUGGAAAAGCGGUCCAACCAAAAUCAGAAGGAAGAUCUUGAAAGGCAAAUUAUCGACACUCUCAGAAAGAAUAUUCCCGAACUGGAUGAAAAAUUCCAAAUCAUAAAGAUGUCAGUCUCUAGAGCUACAGAAGUAAAAGAGAGAUUUGAAGUGAUGGAUGAUGAUCUUAAAAGUCUUGUGAAUCGACUACAGCGUCUUCUGCCACUCUGCAUUGAGAGAAAAACAGAAUUUUUUUACUACUGGAUCAGCGGCCAGCUCUGCAGCUUGUCCGAUCAGCUCAAAGGUGAAAUGCAAAAUGCCAAAAGGACCAAAGACGAACGUCUCAAGGCUCGGAAAGAACUUGACUAUAAACUCAACGAACUUAAACAAGGCACCCCCAUUCGGGAAAUUGAGGACGCCAUAACUUCCAGUGUGGACCAAGCACAAAUAAAACUUGCGUCCUACUUACAAACUGAAGAAUUUAGAACAAAAUUUUUCAGAUGGACAGAAGACGAUGUGCCUAAAACGGAAGAGGGUCAAAACUUUUCAAAGAUGAAGGAAGCAUUUACCGCAUGCAUUGAACAACGAUUCGAAUAUACCCUCCAAAAGUGGGAAAGCACAGAUAAUUUUUUCUCCCAAGCACAUUUAGAAUUGGAAGCACUGUUUGACAAAGGUUUCCUAGAAUUUGAGAGAGAAAUUCGAGACAUUGACCGUGUACUUGUCGGAAGUGACGUGGACGACUUCCAACAUUUUGAGAUUCGCCCGGGACGGAUGUUCUCGCCAUUAGAUCCCAGAAUGAAAAAAUUUCUAGUGAUGACUGGCGUGAUUUUUUGGCCAGUUUUGAUGUCCGUAGGCCUCGCCGCAGGAGUUCUUUCUGCACCCGUCCUUGGAGUACUGGCGAUUGGAAAGCAUCUAAAGGAUCACCAUCUGAAGACCAAUUGUUGUCAGACACUGAAAGACCUCUCAGCAGAGUUCCUCGAGGACUUCAUCACUCACAAAAUCCGCAGUUAUGUCCAAGACAAAUUCAACGAGGAGACGAAUCGCAUUGCCAGCAUCAAGAGGUGUCACCAGCAAUUAAUCACCAAAUACGAGCAACGAUGCAAAGACCUGACAAAGAGCGAAGAUUCACAACAAGGAAACUGCAAUAGAAGAGGGGAUUUUGAAGUCACAUGUCGCGUGCUUGUUGACGUUCAAGUUCCG